GUUUUCCUCCUUCGCAUAAUCGCGAAACCAGAUCGGAGAAACCUGAAAUCUUAAAUCCGAUUCACCAUCUCACUUUUGCGUCAUAGAGGAGACGAAGAAACAAUGCCAGGGUCCGCCAUGGUGGGUGAUUCAAGCUCCUGGUCGCGCGCGCUGGUGAAGAUCUCUCCUUACACAUUCUCCGCCGUUGGCAUCGCCAUCGCCAUCGGCGUCUCAGUCCUCGGCGCCGCCUGGGGGAUUUAUAUAACUGGAAGUAGUUUGAUUGGUGCUGCGAUCAAGGCUCCUCGGAUUACUUCUAAAAAUCUCAUCAGUGUAAUCUUUUGUGAGGCUGUUGCUAUAUAUGGUGUUAUUGUGGCGAUUAUUCUACAAACAAAAUUAGAGAGUGUCCCUACUGCACAAAUAUAUGCCCCUGAGUCCCUUAGAGCUGGAUAUGCAAUAUUUGCCUCUGGGAUCAUUGUGGGCUUUGCUAACCUUGUAUGUGGUUUAUGUGUAGGAAUAAUUGGAAGCAGCUGUGCACUAUCUGAUGCUCAAAACUCCUCACUUUUCGUGAAAAUUCUUGUGAUUGAGAUCUUCGGGAGUGCACUCGGGUUGUUUGGUGUGAUUGUGGGAAUAAUUAUGUCAGCUCAAGCGACAUGGCCUGCAAAAGCAGUGUAAUUGCGGUUCUUAUCAGAACAUGAAAAAUCAAUUAUGACAGAGUGCAAUAUAUUUUUUAUGUAAUGCCAAAUGAACUGUGUACUUUUAUUCUUUUAAUGCUUUGUGUUAGGCAUGUAAAAACUGAUGUGAAUGAUGCUUUUCUUUAUUCUAGACUUCGCCGCAUUUUUCCAGCUGAAAGAUAAGAACUUGAGCAAAGAAGUACCGUUGCAAUUUGAAGGAUGGGUGUUUCCAUACUAUUUGCUUAACUUUUGUAGUCGUUUGAAUGAGCUGUUUCGAGUUGUGGAUGGCUAGACGCCUCCUGAUUGUAUAUUUUGGCCCUGUAGAGUUGGAAAGGAGGAUGUUUAGCUUUACCAGUUAUCAGUAAUAAAAGGCACUGAUCAUUUUUCAGCCUAAAAAA